CAUGAUUACGGGACAGAGCAGCGGGAGGUCCGUGGCGUGAACUAAGGUUAUUUAAGAGAUGUAAGAGAGCCAAACCAGAAUAUUUAAUAGUUUUCAUGUUAAAGCUAUGCAUGUAACUUUAUAGAUUGUCAUUUAUUAACCGAAAGGACGCAGAGGGGGGGUUUUCAUGCAUGCUCGUGCAUGUGCAUGUCAUAUCCUUAUCGGCAGGACGUCGCGGCCACGACGCUUCACUAACGCGCGGUCACGACUCUUCUAACGCACCCUCUAGAAGCGGAAACCUGAAGAUGUGGAAGUCGGCCGCGGGACACAAUGUCAGCGCCAAGGCGUCUGCAGAACCCGACGACUGGGAGACCGACCCCGACUUUGAGAACGACGUCUCGGAGCAGGAGCAGCGAUGGGGGGCAAAGACCAUCGAGGGGUCGGGGCACUCGGAGCACAUCAGUGUGGCAAAGCUGAGGGAGGCGGUGUCCAUGGAGCACCAGCGGGGGAGGGAGAAGGAGCAGGCGGCCGCCCCCCAGGCCUCCUACGGGUACGGGGGCCGCUUCGGCGUGGAGAAGGACCGCAUGGACAAGGGGGCCAUGGGGCACGACUUCGUGGCGGAGGUGGAGCGCCACUCCUCUCAAACCGACGCGGCGCGAGGCUUUGGAGGAAAGUUCGGCGUCCAGAAGGACCGCAUGGACAAGGCCGCCCUUGGGUUCGAGCACAAGGAGAAGGUGGAGCAGCACGCGUCUCAGAAAGAUCACUCGAAGGGGUUUGGAGGAAAGUACGGAGUGGAGAAGGAGAAGGUGGACCGAAGCGCGCUGGGAUACGACUACAAAGGAGAGACGGAGAAGCACCAGUCCCAGAGAGACUACGCUAAGGGCUUCGGCGGGAAGUUUGGCGUCGACAAGGACAACGUGGACAAAGCGGCGAUGGGCUACGACUACAAAGGAGAGACGGAGAAGCACCAGUCCCAGAAAGAUUAUUCCAAGGGCUUUGGAGGGCGGUAUGGCGUGCAGACGGACCGCGUGGAUAAAAGUGCCUCUUCCUUCACGGACAUGGAGCAGCCCUCCUCUGCAUACACCAAGACCCAGCCAUUGGAGGCUGCCAGCGCCAGCGCCGGCGCCGGCAAGCUGAAGUCCCGCUUUGAGGACAUGGCCAAGGCGUCCGGGGAGGAGAAUAAGAGGAGGGUGGAGGAGGAAAGGGAGAGGAGACGCGCCAGAGAGGAGAAGGAGCAACAGGAGACCAGGCGCAGGCAGCAGGUGGAGACGGACAGAGAGGAGGAGAGGGAGAGAGAGGAGGAGAGGAAGCGAGAGGAGGAGAGGGAGCAGAGGGAGCAGAGGGAGCGAGAGGAGACUCAAGGCAGGCAGCGGGUAACGACGACGCAACACCUGGGAAAGAAGCCAUUCCUCUUCAUCCGAAGAACAUCUGGAGGACCAUUAAAAGGUUUUAAGUCUUCUUCGCUUUAUCCUUUAGAAGGAGAGGGAGCGAGAGGAGGAGAGGAUGCGAGAGGAGAAGAGGGAGCGAGAGGAGAUCCAACGCAGAGAGCAGGUUCUUUACUUCAGGAGGAGAGCGGCCGGGAGGAGCUGGAGUGUCCCGGUUAUCCUCAACCCGUCCCCGACAUGGAGCCCCCGGCUGGCGGCUGGGCCACAGGAGAACAGGUUGAAGAGGAAGAGCCGUUGUACGACGAGCCGCCAUCUUUACCCACACGCUCUGAGGACUUCCUGGAUUGCGGCCCACCUCUUCCUGUGGAACAGGAAGAGCCGUUGUACGACGAGCCGCCAAAUUUAACCACACGCUCGGAGGACUUCCUGGAUUAUGGUCAACCUCUUCCUGUUCCGCAGGAAGAGAUAGAGGAAGGAGACUAUGAGGAUGUGGAACCCCUGCAUCCAGCACCAGAUUCAGACAAGGGACACGAAGACCUGACGUGCGGCCAGACAGCGAGGGCUCUGUACAGCUACGAGGGAGACGCUGAAGACGAGAUCGCUUUCGAGGAGGAUGACAUCAUCACCCACAUCGAGAUGGUGGACGAGGGCUGGUGGCGGGGGCAGAGGGGGGGCCGCAGCGGACUGUUCCCCGCCGCCUACGUCCAGCUGGUCCCAUGAGGGCGGGGCUAGACGCCACUCACCAUUCUUUUAAAUUUGAAGUUAUUCUCUGGAAAUCGAAAGGUUCAGUUAUGGUUCCACGUCAACGCAAUGAACAUGCAGACACUUCGACGCAGUCGUGAACCCAUUUUCUUUGUGUCCGUUUUUUUUUUUUUUUUUUUACAAUUACAGCUCUUGCUGCGUCGCCUCAACGCAAGAUUAAAAAAAUUUGGGAGGCACUCCGCUAGGUUGAAUGGGUCCCUAAACCCCCCUUGCGUUGCGUCGACGUGGAACAAUAACAGCCUUAAGCCUGCGCUGUCGCUUUUUCCACGGGUUUCAUUCAGACUUUAGUCUUUAAGGGAAGCUCGUUGAACUUCUUUUUUUAAUGGAGCUUGAGAAAUUGUGUAGCAUCUUUACUUUUAGCCUAGCAGUUAGUGGACACGUUUUAUUAUAUGCAAUUCAAAUUAUUUUUAACUAAAGUGACAGUAUUGAAAAAGUGACUUCCUGGAGGCGGGAGAAAGACUACUCCAAUAAUACUGAGUAGAGCUUGUGUGCUCGGUAUUUGAUUAAUACUGUGUUUAGGGAAGGGAGUAGUAAUUAAAUAAAAUUUCAAUGGAAAUAAAUAUUUAUAAAUUAGGAAUACGGUGCAACACUUUGGUUAAAUCCCAGCCAAAGUAAUAAAAACUUUGACAAAA